AUGACCGCUGGCAGAAGCAUUUGGCCAUGUGUUUCUUUCUGAACUACAAUCUCGCAUUCAAGGCCACUGUUGCUGCAGUGAUCUUAUCGCACGCGACUCUUUGGUUUCUGCUUCCUCGGGAGUCCUCGCUGAACACCAUGUUCCUGAUCCUCUUGGACGUGCCGGUUCUGGUCUUCUUGGUCGUGUUUUUCGCGGGACAGCACUUGACCUGCAGGUGGUGGAGUCCAAGCAUGUGGCUGGACAGGCUGUGCAUAGACCAGACCGACGUCAGUCGCAAGCUACGUGGCAUCCUUGAGCUGCCCACCAUCGUGGCAAACUCGGAGCAAAUGCUCGUGUUGCUAGGUGAGACAUACUUUGACCGCUUGUGGUGCUCAUUCGAGCUCUCGAUCUUCGUCAAAAUGAGAGGACUUCAGCAGCUUCGCGUAGUUCCCUUAUGGAUGGCACCCUGGCUACUCGUCAGCUUCCUGUCCUCCUAUGCUACGAACCGUCUGGCUGCUGCUUACAUGGUUUUGAGCAACACGCCAGAGCUCGGAUUGGUCUCUCUGAGCUACGACAGCGCAGCCGCCGCCAACCCACUUGCCUAUGGGGAGAGCCGCAUGCUCCUGUACUUGUUCAAUGUGCCUUCGAUUGCCUUGUUUUCGGCCUUGCCCUUCAUCUUGGCGAGCAUUCGGACCUUCCCACAGAAGUUGAUGGAUCACGAUGCCAUGCUCAGAGACAUGGAGUGCUUCAAUAUUCGUUUAGCACAGUGCUCCGUUGAGGCGGACCGCUCCAGAAUUGAGGAGCAUGUUGCCGAGCUCUUCGACGGAUUCGAAGACCCUGUCUUGGCGGUGCCCGUCGAAUGUGCCGACAGACCAGUGGCAGAUGUGGAAGAGUCGGAGACGGUGUACUUGUCAGCGUCUGCAAGAUCUGUCGUACGCCCCUUCACCACCUAUCUGGGCCAUGAAGAGUGCCUUGAUGAAUUCAAUGACUACGUGCGCCACUCCCUUCGGGACAUGCUUGUCGAAGAUCUUGGAGUUGAGACGCACUUGUCUUGGAGCCACUGUGUACUCUUUACCAUUCCGGUUCUACUAGCAGGCAGUGUGCAGCUUUGGGCAUCGUGGCCACUGCACGAAAAUUUGGGGUAUGCUUCCACAAAGCAAUAUUUCAUAGCCGCUGCAACAGUUGCUUUCCUGGACGCCCCCGUCAGUUUUGCAUGUGUUCCACCUUGCCUGCUCCGCUUCACAGCUUGUACUGUGGCCAAGACAGCGGCGGGAUUCCUUCGGAAUGUGCUGCUCUUGCUAGGUGGCUACCUGGCAGCUUGCACCUGUGGCUUCUUGUACGCGCUCAACGCUGGAGCAGCAGAGAGCUUCGUGAUCACAUGCCAUCCAGUAUUUGGUGCCAUUUUGGUGUUGGCGCUUGUGCUGCAGUUAUGUCUCAACUGCCAUCUGUUCGGCGUAGCCGACUCGUUGGCCAUACACCAGCGGUUUUCGUCUUGCAGAUGCUUAUGCCGUUCGCAUACUUACAGUGCCACGUAA